AUGUUUAUGGAAAGCCCGGACUUUCUUUUCUAUACUCUACACAGUAUGGGCGCUUUUACGUGACCUCUUCAAGUAUUUGGACUUUAUUGUAUUCUAUUCAAAACUCCACAAGCAAUGAAAUCGGUAAAAUGGGUUCUAUUCAAUGCUCAUAUUUGGUCUAUCCUAUUUGAUAUAUCACUUACUGCAUUAACCAUUCCAUUUCUAGUGUUCCCAGUUCUCGGAGCAGUCCCUUUAGGCUUUUUAACGACAUUAUUCGGAGUUCCAAUUGGCAUUCAGGCGUAUUUGGUGUUUACACUUUUAUUCGGUAUGACAUUAAUUAUGUUUAAUUCAAUCUGUGUUGUACUCCGAUCUGUUGAUCUUCGAAAACCGUUAUUACCAGUUUUUUGGCAAAAAUAAGGCUUGGCGUCACUUUCGAAUACCGAUGAUGAUUUUCAAUUACACCUUCGUUGGAACGUUUAUGCUACCCACGUUUUUGAAUACUCCUGAUCAGUUACAAGCAAUUGACUUAGCAUUCAAGAAAGUUCCAAAUCUUCCAGUCAAAAUUCGUUCCAUGGAUUUUUUCAUCUGGGCGACAGAUUAUCCAUUAUUUCUGGGAUCUUUUGUUUUUAUCACCGUUUUAGGACUUGCUGAACUUAUUCCCAUGAUUAUGAUAACUGAUUGGAAUGUGAGAACAUCAAUGAAGAAAUCUACACAGUCACGGCAAACAAUGCAGCUUCAGUUGAAAUUUUUAUUGGCUCUUUAUGCACAGAGCGGCGCAUUUUUCCUGACUUGUCUCAUUCCCUACGUAUACAUACUGUAUUCUUGCUUUACAAGUUAUUACAACCCCAUUGCAAACAACUUCAUAUUCAUUUUUGUGGCAUCGCGUGGAUGUGUUUGCACAAUAAUUCUGCUCUCUGCAAAUAAACCUUAUAGGAAAGCUGUGGUGGAUAUCUUCGUGAUAGGUGACACCUCAAUCGGUUGUUUCAAAACGCAGCCAGUUGCAAAUCGAAUCGGAAUUAUUGUCUCUAAUCAGAAUACGUCUCUUUUUUAG